AUGUCACUGAAGAAGAGCCGGGCCUCCAUUACGACAAUACUUGUUCUUCUGGACAGUUAUAACCGCCUCUUAGUUCCUAUAAUCAAGGCCAAACACCGUUCCUCGAAGGCCUCCUCCAUCUACCUACUCGCCACCAAAAAGUGUGUUAAGCUUCUGAACCUCUCCAAGUCUACUUUUCAAGACCGGAAUCUACUCGUUAUUCUCGACUAUACUAAAAUGAACCCAACGCUCCACUCUGCUCUCCAAGCCCUCUGGACCCAAGUCCACUCUCCCGCUGGCCUCUCCUUCCCCCUCACCCUCGCCAAACUCUCCGACCUAAAUGUAACCCGCUACCGCGUCGAUUACAUCACCCGAACUAUCACCACAUACACCUCCUCCGCUCUAUCCCCCUCAUCCCAGUUGCCCUCCCCUUUCGACAUCUCCCCUUUCCCCCAAUCCGCCCCGCACACAUACCCCCUCAACAAACCAUGGAACAAAGACGGCGUAGUCAAAGCGAUACGGAAGGCGCAAGCCGGUGAGGGGAAUUAUCUGGGGUUUUCAGAAGAGGUGGUGCAGGCAGGGGUUACGGAUUAUACUGCGUAUGUGGAGGGGAAGAGGGUUGUGUAUUGUGGUGCGUUGGGGGAGGUGCAUGUAGAGUGGUUUCCGGGAGCGGGACCGGAGCAGGUGGAGGAGUGAGAUGGUGGGAUCGGGAGCUGGGCUGGGGAGUAUGGGAAGGGAGAGGAAAGGAAAGGAAGCGAAGGGGGGAUUGAUACCAG